GGGGCAAUUUCUGGUCAUUUUGAGGGCAAUUUAAAAGAAAAAUUUAGUUUCCGUAUUGCAGUUUUCAUUGUGACAAAGUUCAGUCCACAUAUCUGUGAGAGUUAUUCACAAGGAUAUAUAGACAGGGCUCAUGCAGUGGCUUAUAGGGAUGCCAGGCAGCAUGGUACCGCCGUUAUCAUUUAAAUGGUUUACAGACAAAAGUGAACAGGUCACCGAACUGGUCAUGCAGUGGCUUAUAGGGAUGCCAGGAAGCAUGGUACAGCCGUUAUCAUUUAAAUGGUUAACAGACAAAAGUGAACAGGUCACCGAACUGGUCAUGCAGUGGCUUAUAGGGAUGCCAGGAAGCAUGGUACCGCCGUUAUCAUUUAAAUGGUUAACAGACAAAGUGAACGGGUCACCGAACUGGGUCCAAAAAUGUUUACAAAUUACCCCGUGCCCGCAUACUUUGAUACAUCAUAUCUUUUUAUAGGGACACCCUUGAUUUUGAAACUUUGCAAUCUAAUCUGACUUUUCAUAAGGAACAAAAUGAUAUAUAACAUGAUAGGAUGGCAAUGCUAUAUGUAUGAUUUCAGAGGGGGUGCAUACAUAUGAAACGCCCUGUAUAUAGUAUUAAAGGGGUCCGCGCAUUAUACCGAAACCCAUUAUACCGACGCACAUUAUACCGAAACCCAUUAUACCGACGCGCAUUGUACCGAAGGCGUUAUACCGAAUGCCAUAAUCACUGUUCCACAACUAGUUACUUUGACGGAACGUCAAUGUAACAAAAUGGAUGAACUUCCUGGUUACGAAUUUUUUGCUUUCUCGAUUUAAACCUACUAAGUCAAGUUUCAGAUUAUAAUUUGGCCCAGAGCUAGAAAAU